AUGUGGGAUGAAACGUUGAAGCUCACGCGGGUCGAGGAAUCCGCAGAAUUCGAUUUAUUCAAAGCGCUCGUCCAUAGGGACGUUACAGUCGAAGAUGUCGUGCAGUGGGUCACAACCAGCACCAUGGACCGGCUGGAGAGUUACAGCGGAGGAACUAUUGAGAAGGCCGAUUCGAUUACUUUCAUUGCUCUGAUCGAGCUGGCUAUGCGAAUCGAUCCAGUGCAGUAUCCCCCGCUGAUUGAGUUCUUGGGGGAAUUGAAACUGUAUAAUGCCGUUGAUUCGGCGACGGAGUUGGUUCUCAAAAUGCAGGAUGGGAGUCGGGUUUGGUCUCAUUUGCCUUCUUUGACGGUCUGGGCUUGGACAUUGUGGACGGAGUAUGAGUCCGAUGCUAGAAAGACAUAUCUAUGUGACGCAGCGAUGGAGCUCGAGCAGCAGACUAGAUGGGCGAGGCUUAAUAUCUUUCUGGCGCAGGUCACACAAGCUGCUGAUGUGGAAUAUGCUUCUCUGGUGCAGGUGUGGAUUAGCGAUGCGAUGGAUGAAUCCCUUUUGGGGCUCUGUGGACUGCGGAAUGUGUUUGAAGAGAGCGUUCCUUGUGAGCAACUUGUUUCCACGGCUGGUCUGUUGGGUGUGUGUUACUGGUUCGUGUGUGCGGGUGAUAGACUGUGGGAAAAUGUCCUUAAUGGCCGAAAGUAUAAUAAGUAUGAUGGGCGACCGGGCGAGAAGUAUGCAAAUCGGAGUUGGAGAGGGUUUGAGCGUGAGAGAUGGGAUGUAUGGGUGCAGGGUCUCCGAGAUGUGAAGGCUUGCUGUGCAGCCGGGCAAGACCCUGAAGAUUUGCUCAACCAUGCUUUGUCCAAAAUUGAGCAUGUAAUGGAUAAUACAAGAUGA